CCACAUUCCACAGUUUGCAAUUUGCAGGCAGGUUUCAACCUGAAAUUUGUAAAUUGAAAGGUGAUGGGUGAUGUUGGCUUUUUGAAUAAUUUUAAAAGCACAAACUCUCCAAUAAAUAUCGGAAUUUGUAAAUAUUUAUGACAAAAAUGAGUGUCAGGAAUAAAAGUGGAAAUAACCGUGUAAAAAAUGAGGAAAAUUUUAUCAUACCUACAAAAAAGAAAGAAGAAAAGAUUGCUGAUGAGAAUAAUGUUCCAUCAAAAUAUAAAGUGGAGAUGACAACACUCUAUUUGACGGAUGAGUCUAAAAAGCUGAUAGAACAUGCUCUAAAAUUUAUUCAUGGAAACAACUAUUCUCUGAAAGAGUUAUCCUCCUACAAAGAAGCAAAAGGUUUGGAAUUGGCAUUGCAUAAAGACUACAGAAUGAACAGCGGACAUCUUCGGGUACGCACCAUUGAAAACUAUGCACUACAGAGCAAUAAAACACGACAAGCCUCGGACAUAGCGCAGCAGUUUGCAAUCACCAAACUUAAAAGGUACGGUUUCGAGGCUAAUCACUGCAGUGAAGCUCUGCAAUCGGUUGAGGGUGAUUUUGGUGCCGCAUUCGAGCUUCUCAUGUCCCGCUACUUCCACCUUCCCCUCCCCGACCCCGAAGCCGACACAUGUCCGCUGUCAGAGGCCGAACGAAAACAAGAAAUGGAGGCCAUUCUGUCCAUCUAUGACGAACAUUUCUCCGUCAAAAUCAACGAUCGCCUGUGGGCCAUACGUCUAAACCUGCCCUACUUGGCUGAGCAUUAUGCUGUCAAAGCACCCGUGAAUAUUGUCCCUGAAAAGCCCAAUCCGAGGUCGAAGAGCAAAAAGGUUGUGUGUAGGUUUUUCAAGGAGGGCACCUGCAGGCACGGUGUCAUGUGUAAGUUCUCUCACGAUUUGCCCGAGAAGACAGUGACCAAAGUGGAAGUCGAUGAUAGUCAGAAUUGGUUCGUGUUGGAAAUUCGAUUCCCGAAAGGUUCAAAGUACCCGCUGGAAGACUGUCCGCUGGUGUCGCUAGUGCCAGAAAGCGAGUACAGCCGUAUGCCGGCGGGUGUGCGUCUGUGCUUGACGCAGCACCUGUUGGGGCUGGCAAGGCAAGACGCGGCCGCCGCGACGCCCACCGUCUUCAACCUGGCCUCUGUGCUGCAGGACCACCACGAGCAGGUGUUGGCAGCGGCCGAUGGACCGCAGUGCUUCCCUUCGCCCAACGACUCCAUCCUGGCGCCGCCGGCUGAUGCAGCCACCCGGGAGCAGGAGGACGAAGGCCUCACUGAGGAAGACGGUGAUAGCAGCGGUGAGACACGGAUCACUCAGCCGCGCCAGCGGGAUGUCGAUGUCGAGGCUAUCCGCAAAGAGAAUGUGGUAUUGUCUAGCAAAUACAGAGCUCACAUGAAAACCGAGAAAAGUAAAAAAUGGAUUGAAAGCCGCAGCAAACUGCCAGCCUGGGCCAAACGAAGCGAGCUGCUCAAUACUAUCAAAAACAACAGAGUUGUCAUGAUCUGUGGUGAAACUGGAUGUGGAAAAUCAACACAAGUGCCGCAGUUUGUGCUGGAGGAGUGGCUGGAAGGCGGGGCCUCAGGCCUAGUGAGCAUAGUGUGCAGUCAGCCUCGCAAGAUCUCAGCCAUGGGAGUGGCCAGUCGGGUGGCCGACGAGAAGAGUGAGAGAGUUGGCGGACUAGUUGGCUACCAGAUUCAUCUGGAGAGCUGCGUUUCGCGGAGCACACGUCUCAGCUUUUGCACAACAGGUGUGCUUCUCCGCCGCUUGGAAUCUGAUCCGAGUCUGCUGGGAGUCUCACACAUUGUUGUCGACGAAGUACACGAGCGUAGUGAGGAAAGUGACUUUCUGCUGCUUAUUCUGAAGCAGCUUCUGGAGAAACGGAAAGACUUGAAGGUAAUUCUCAUGUCUGCCACUGCCAACGCAAAGCUCUUCUGUGAUUAUUUUGGAGGCGAUGUACCAAUCAUUGAUAUUCCCGGUAGAACGUUUCCGGUACAAUCUGUCUACCUCGAGGAUCUACUUGAAUGUACAAAUUAUGUACUAGAAGAAAACUCAGAGUAUACAAGGGUCAGAAAAGGCAAAGAUUCUAAUCUCGAAGAACUCGAGACGGAACUGGAGGUGUGCGACAUACGGACGGCAUCAUCCACGCCCGCCGACAAAAUCAAGGAUGACUUCCUCACUUUGCAACAGAUCAACAUCAGAUAUGACGAGUACAGUUUGCAGACUAAAAAGAAUCUCUACCUUCUUGAUCCAGAAAAGAUCAAUUACGAUUUGAUUGUGGAAUCAAUUCUAUGGAUUACCACCCCACACAAGGAUUUACCUGACGAUGGAUCUAUUUUGGUAUUUCUGCCUGGUAUUGGAGAAAUAACCCAACUUCACGAGAAGUUGUUAGAGCAGAGUGUCUUCCGUCCCGAGGCAGACCGAUUCUUUCUGGUGCCUCUGCACUCAUCUCUGUCUUCCGAAGAACAAAAACUUCUAUUCAAAAAAAUGAAGAAAGGUGUAAGGAAAAUUAUUCUUUCUACAAACAUUGCUGAAACUUCAGUGACAGUUGACGAUUGUGUAUUUGUGAUUGACACAGGACGUAUGAAGGAAAACAGAUUCGACGAGAACAAAAGCAUGGAGACCUUGGAGAGCGUGUGGGUGUCGCGUGCAAACGCACUACAGCGACGCGGCCGUGCCGGGCGUGUGCGUGCGGGAGUGGCCAUCUCACUGUACACAUCGCACCGCUUCAACCACCACAUGCAAGCGCAGCCCACACCUGAGAUACACCGCGUGUCGCUCGAACGCGUCAUCAUUCGCACCAAAAUGCUGCCGCUUUUCCACGGAGCUGAUCUCAGGGGUGUACUCGGUUCGCUGAUAGAGCCGCCAAGCGAGACGGCGAUCUCGGCCGCGCUGGAGCGACUGCGGCUGGCUGGAGCCGUCGACGCCGACGGGUCGCUUACGCCGUUGGGAUGUCACUGCGGUCAGCUGCCUGUCGACAUCAGAUUGGCGAAACUGCUUCUCUAUGGUGCCAUCUACUGCUGCCUCGACUCGGUGCUUACGAUGGCCGCCUCUCUAUCCUACCGCUCUCCAUUCAUAUCGACGUUUCACAACCGAGCCACCUGCGAUGCCAAGCGCAAAGAAUUCACCACCGCCCACUCUGAUCAGAUCACCGUCCUCAAGGCAUACAAUGAAUGGAGAGCCGCCAAUGAGAAAAGCCCAGCACUCGGUCGCCGAUUCGCGUACGAGAAGAACCUGUCGCUCCACACGCUCAGCCACCUGGCCGACGUCAAGCUGCAAUUCCUCGAGCAUCUCGUGGCCAUUGGCUUCGUUGACUCCAUCAACAUCCCGGCCAAGUCACGGCGCCGAUCUGGCCUUGACAUCAUCCCCGAGCUAACUGGUCAACAGUGGAAUAAGAACGGGUCGAACAACCGACUGCUGGCCUCCGUGCUCUGUGCCGCACUCUUCCCGAACGUGGUGCGUGUGAUGACCGCCGACCGCACUUUUGUGCCAAGUGCCGGGGGCGCCGUGCCUAAGGUGCCGCAACUUCACGAACUUAGGUUCACCACCAUCCAAGGCGAUCAGGUGCAGAUCCACCCGUCAUCGGUGAACCACGGCGUUUGCGACUUUGGCUGGUCGCCGUUCGUUGUAUUCCAGGAGAAGGUGCGCACUGCACGCGUGUUCGUUCGCGACACGUCCGUCGUGCCGGCCAUCGCACUGGCGCUCUGCUCCGGAUGUCCGCUCCAGGCCAAGCUGCACUCUGGCGGCCAACUCUUACUCUCGCUCGCCGACUCCGCCAUACUCUUCAGUGUGGAGAACAACGAGGUGGCGGAACUCCUACAAGCCAUACAGCGGGAGCUCGGCAAAAUCUUGGAGGAAAAAAUAAGGAAUCCCAGCCUUAAUCUCCUAAAUUACGCAAAGGGGUGUAAAGUUAUAGAUGCUAUUAUUGACGUCGUUUCAAGGAGUUGACAAGAAGUGGAUUCUGUGGUUGUUACUUUACUGACACUAAUUCAAAUUCAAAUUUUAUUUAUUCAAACUCACAAUAUUCACAUUCAGAAUCAAUAAGAAAAACAAAACACUCAGCUCAGUAAGAUAAAAAAUAAUUAAUGGAAGAUUAAUAAAAUAAAUACUGGUAUGUUUUAUUAGAUAUACGGUAAAUUUGUGAAUCGGAAUAAAAAAUACUACCUGCUGGAAGUAUACAAUACUCCACGUUUGCAAGCAGGAAUGAAUAUCAUUCAUUCUAUUCUAUUCUAUUAUAUAGUGAAUAGUGAUUCAUUCACUAUUCUGACUAUUGCACUGAAAAUAUAUAACUUAUGAUAUGACAGGUAUCGGUGCGUACAGAUAUACGCGCCGCGAACAUGAGCAAUUCACUUUUAAUCAGCUGACUAUAUCUGUAUUUUUACAGAAACGGUAAGAUACAGUUAUAAAAAGCUUGGCAUCAGCUGAAUAAAAGUGAAUUGCUCAUGUUCGCGGCGCGUAUAUCUGUACGCACCUUAUGAAGCGAUAACCAACUUCUUUCUGAAUUUGUUACUUUUUAGUAAAAAAAUCAUAAUUUUUAUUCUGCCCUCCUAAGUGCCCUCAGGAAAUUGUCAUUUUGGAUAGAGAGGUUUUACUUCAACUCUAUCCCGCACCAAAUAACAUAUUUUUUAUGUUUUUCUCCUACUAAUCAUAUUGAAUAGGGUAUCUAUAACUAAUUAUCAUGUGAAAAACUCAGAAAAGAAAUCCUUUUGUAAUAUUCAGGAGAUACGACUUUUUGGGCUAAGUAACUGCAUUGAAGUUUUAUGUAAAACUAUGUAAGCAAUAAUAAUGUAAGCAAUAAAAUUCAUAUUAUAGAAGUAGGAGUUCCUUUAGAAACCACUUUAAAAAUACAUUAUAGUGGAAAAUAUUGUAUUAGAGAAAAUAAUACAUUAGGAGUGAAAAAUCUUUUAUUACAAAUGAUAUAUUAGGAGUGAAAAUCUUGUAUUACAACAUAAAACAUUCACUUUUAAAAUUAUCAAUAUAAAAAAUCAAUACUGUUAUAAAUUUAUGAUGACAUUAUUCAACAUUCUGGUAGGUUUUCCCAAAACUUGAGACGGUUCUAAACACUUUGAAUACUAAAAAAAUCUAAUUUGAAUCUCUAUUACAUCUUAAAUAAUUAAUUAUAAAAUAAUAAAUGAUCAAUUAUAAAACUUGCAAAUAUUAUAAAGCCCGUGAAAUUUGUAAGCAAACUUCACUUAAACUAAAUACUAAAAACUGACUAUAGCAUAUCAGUGUCAGCUGAGUUGAGACUCCACCACAUAUCGGCGCCAUUUUACCUAGAUUUUCACACAGGCGCAGGUCCGGUAUUUAGGAGGUCCUGCAAGAAACAAGGUGCUAUUAGUUCGAUGUGACUAGUUUUGAUAGAAUAAUAUGUUGAUUGUUAUCGGAAUGGGAUGCUGAUUCUCUACAUCAGACUACAAUAAGACGUAUUUUU